AUGAAGCGAUACAUCGUGUUAAUUGCAGUUUUGGCUGUCUGUGUAUAUUCUAGGAGUAUCCAAAACGGAUUGACCGAUAGUGAUGGGUUAAGCCGGGUGUCCAGGCAGGUGGAUGAUGAUUAUGAAGACGAAGGUGGAUACACCAGCCACGGACGGGGAAAUGAUCACGACUUCAUAGCAAACGCUAAUAAUUGUCCGUCCGGAACAACGCGAACUCCCUGGGGCUCGUGUAUGUCAUGCUAUGAUUACCAACAAAAGUUCGGACACACUGGAGCAAAUUGUUAG